AUGGGUCAAUCGCGACGUCCAGCCGGCGGUGAGAAGCGCAGUCGAGGUUUUGGCCGGUCCAAAGCGGAUGCCGACGUGGGUGAUGGUCGACAUGCGAGAGGAAAGCCUCAGGUCAAGAAAGCUGCCUUUGAGAGCACAAAAAAGAAGGAGAUUGGUGUAUCUGACCUCACUUUGCUGAGCAAAGUCUCCAACGAGGCCAUCAAUGACAACCUCAAGUUACGCUUCGAAAAUAGGGAAAUUUACACAUAUAUUGGCCAUGUGCUGGUUUCUGUCAACCCUUUUCGAGACCUGGGUAUAUACACCGACCAAGUCCUCGAAUCCUACCGUGGCAAGAACCGACUUGAGACGCCGCCUCACGUUUUUGCCGUCGCGGAAUCUGCAUAUUAUAACAUGAACGCCUACAAAGACAACCAGUGUGUCAUUAUUUCAGGAGAGUCAGGUGCGGGGAAGACAGAAGCUGCCAAGCGAUUAAUGCAGUAUAUUGCGAGUGUCUCAGGGGGCACCGAUUCAUCGAUUCAACAAACGAAGGACAUGGUUUUGGCGACAAAUCCUCUUCUAGAAUCCUUUGGUAAUGCGAAGACGUUGCGUAACAACAAUUCUUCGCGGUUCGGCAAGUACUUGGAAUUGGAAUUCAACACACAGGGACAGCCAAUCGGUGCCAACAUUACGAACUAUCUUCUGGAGAAAACGAGAGUAGUUGGCCAAAUCACGAAUGAACGAAACUUCCAUAUUUUCUACCAGCUUACCAAGGCCGCACCCCAAGCCUAUCGAGAGAACUUUGGUAUUCAACAGCCUCAGUCGUACCUAUACACGAGCCGCUCGAAAUGCUUCGAUGUCCAAGGCAUCGACGACACUUCCGACUUCGCUGAUACACUCGAGGCAAUGAGAAUUAUUGGACUAGCACAGUCUGAACAGGAUAAUAUCUUUCGCAUGCUUGCUGCAAUCUUGUGGUUGGGCAAUGUGCAGUUCACAGAAGAUGACCAGACUCACGCAUCGAUCAUUGAUCAAUCUGUUGUCGACUUUGUCGCUUAUCUCCUCGAAGUCGAUUCUGCCCAAGUCAAUAAGGCUCUCACGAUCCGUGUGGUUGAGACGGCACGAGGUGGUCGCAGGGGCUCUGUCUAUGAAGUUCCGUUGAACAAAGUGCAAGCAACUGCUGUGCGGGAUGCUUUAGCAAUGGCCAUCUAUUUCAAUCUGUUCGAUUGGAUUGUCGAACGCUUGAACAUGUCUUUGAAAGCAAAGUCGGCUGUCACGAAUUCAAUUGGCAUUUUGGAUAUUUAUGGAUUUGAGAUUUUCGAGAAAAACUCUUUCGAACAGCUCUGCAUCAACUACGUCAACGAGAAGCUACAACAAAUUUUUAUCCAGUUGACUUUAAAAGCUGAGCAGGAGGAGUACGCCCGAGAGCAGAUCCAGUGGACGCCGAUCAAGUAUUUUGAUAACAAGGUGGUUUGCUCCUUGAUUGAAGACAAGCGCCCACCAGGCGUCUUCGCUGCGCUGAACGAUGCAUGCGCAACUGCCCACGCAGACUCGUCGGCUGCUGACCAAACUUUCGUCGGACGUUUGAAUUUCUUAGGUCAGAAUCCCAACUUCGAAAAUCGGCAAGGACAAUUCAUCAUUAAACAUUAUGCUGGUGAUGUCAGCUACUCUGUGGAAGGAAUGACGGACAAGAACAAGGAUCAGCUGCUCAAGGAUCUGCUCAAUCUCGUUGGGUCAUCGAGCAAUGACUUUGUGCAUGUUUUGUUCCCGAACCAAGUCAACCAAGAUGAUAAGCGACGUCCCCCUACUGCUGGCGAUAAGAUUAAAGCAUCUGCAAAUGAUCUCGUUACCACGCUGAUGAGAUGCCAACCUUCUUACAUUCGAACGAUCAAGCCAAAUGAGAACAAAUCCCCUUCUGAGUACAAUGUGGCGAACGUGCUUCACCAGAUCAAGUACCUCGGUCUGCAAGAGAACGUUCGCAUUAGACGAGCAGGAUUUGCUUAUCGUCAGACGUUCGACAAGUUUGUCGAGCGCUUUUACCUCCUAUCUAAGCACACUUCAUACGCGGGUGACUAUACAUGGACGGGCGAUGCAGAAUCUGGUGCUAAGCAGAUUCUGAAAGACACUGGUAUACCAGCUGAAGAGUAUCAAAUGGGAGUGACAAAAGCGUUUAUCAAGACUCCGGAAACCUUGUUCGCUCUUGAACACAUGAGAGAUCGUUAUUGGCACAAUAUGGCUAUUCGUAUUCAACGGGCAUGGCGCAAUUACCUACGAUAUCGUAUAGAAUGCGCGGUCAGAAUACAACGUUUCUGGCGUCGCUUCACCGGUGGCUUAGAAUUCAUUAAGGUGCGAGACCAAGGCCAUAAGCUAUUACAGGGUAAGAAGGAACGUCGCCGCAUGAGUUUGCUCGGGUCUCGGCGAUUCAUGGGCGAUUACAUUGGCAUCGGUAAUAAUGGUGGUCCUGGCGAGGUAAUUCGUAGUAGUGCUGGUAUUAGUGCAUCGGAGCCGAUUCUUUUCUCUAGUCGCUGCGAGCUCUUGGUGGCCAAAUUUGGUCGCUCGAGUAAACCGAUGCCCCGUAUACUGGUUUUGACUGCACGACACGUAUAUAUCAUUGUUCAAGCCAUUGUCAAUAACCAACUUUCCAUAUCUUCGGAACGAACGAUUCCCGUGGGAGCUAUCAAAUUCAUCGGUGCAUCGAACUUGAAGGAUGACUGGUUCUCGCUGGUCGUGGGCUCGCAAGAACCCGAUCCACUUUUAAAUUGCGUUUUUAAGACUGAAUUCUUCACCCAUCUUUCAUCUGCUCUUAGAGGACAGUUGACUUUGAAGAUUGGGCAGACGAUUGAAUACAACAAAAAGCCCGGAAAACUGGUGACUGUUAAAACAGUUAAAGACAACACCGUUCCCCGUGACGAUCUUUAUAAGAGUGGUACCAUUCACACCGGCCCUGGUGAGCCUCCUAACUCGAUUUCGAAGCCGACACCGCGGCCCAAGCAGGUUGCUGCCAGACCAGUUACUAAGGGCAAACUGUUGCGGCCUGGCGGCCCCAAUGGUGGUCCUUCUAAGCUCAGUGGGAAUCGCCCAAAUGGCACUACACGACCUGUUCCAACUCCUCAAGCACUUCCUACAGCGACCCCCGUUGCUCCCCGGUCAACGCCAGCACAGUCACGUGUCGUUCCACAGCCUGUCGUUGCCGCUACCGCUGCAGGUGGACACCGUCAUACAUCAUCUCAAGCGUCAGUUCGUGCUCCUCCGCCACCACCGCCGGCACCGCCGGCAGCAGCUUCAGCCGCGCCCAAAAAACCUACUGCGAAGGUCUUGUAUGAUUUUUCCAGUGACCGGGCCAAUGAGCUCACAAUCCAUGCUGGAGAAGUCGUUCAGAUCGUCUCCAAGGAAGGAAACGGUUGGUGGCUAUGCAUGAACACAACAACGGAAGCACAAGGAUGGACACCUGAAGCCUAUCUCGAAGAAAUUGUUAUAGCAGCCGCCAAACCAGCUCCGCCACCUCCACCCCCAGCUCCGAAAGCCGCUCCCAACGGCAAUGCAAUAGCGGCAGCCAAGGCUAAACCAGCCCCUCCAGCACCGCCCGCCAAAAGACCAAAUGCUGCUGGACGUAAGCCUCUUGCACCGCCAACACGUGAUAGCGCCGUGAGUAUCAAUUCGCAGGAUUCAUCUGGAGCCAGUGGUCGAGCGACUCCCAACAGCAGCUCGAAUGCCAGUCUAGCCGGUGGUCUUGCCGAGAUUCUGCGCCAACGAGGAAGCGCCAUGCGUCCAUCUAACGAAGAAGACGACGACUGGUGA